AUGGCAUCCGGAUCCUCGACCGACAAAGGAUUCAUACUUUCUGAACAGGCUCAUCCACCCGAUGAACAGGCUCACCCACCUGAUGAACAGGCUCACCCACCUGAUGAACGGCCUCAUCCACACCAUGAACCACCCCAUCAACCCGAAGCUGAUGGGAUGCCUGUCCCAUGGCCCCACCGGCCCCGAUUCACUCCCCUUCCGUCAUCCCGAGAUGAGGUCGCCGAGACCAACAACAACGACCCUGCCGCCAAUCUAGAAGCUGAGUGCAAAAAGGAGAGCCAAGAAGAGUACGAAAGAAGUGGCACUCAGCCAGACGCGGGCUCACCACCCCCACUAUCCACGUCUCUCUCACUCCGCGACUACCGUCGCUUAUGA